AUGCAGAUUGGAAGUCUCAUCAACGCAGGAAGCAGUUUUAAGACCUACCAAGCCUGCCUCAUGUCUUGCAGUGUCCCCGGCAGCAAGGACACUGAGAACCUUACUUUACGUUCUGCCCCAAGCUUGACCUGGCUCCCGACGUCAUCCGCCCCGCGCGCCCAACGUCAUCCUCCCACGCCUGACACCACCCACCCCGCUCGACGUCAUCCGCCCUGCGCCCAACGUCAUCCUCCCACACCUGACACCACCCACCCCGCUCGACGUCAUCCGCCCCGCGCCAUCCUCCCACGCCUGACACCACCCACCCCGCUCGACGUCAUCCGCCCCGCGCCCAACGUCAUCCUCCCACGCCCGACACCACCCACCCGGCUCCCGACGUCAUCCUCCCCGCGCCCAACGUCAUCCUCCCACGCCCGACACCACCCACCCGGCUCCCGACGUCAUCCGCCCCGCGCCCAACGUCAUCCUCCCACGCCCGACACCACCCACCCGGCUCCCGACGUCAUCCGCCCCGCGCCCAACGCCCAACGUCAUCCUCCCACGCCCGACACCACCCACCCGGCUCCCGACGUCAUCCGCCCCGCGCCCAACGCCCAACGUCAUCCUCCCACGCCCGACACCACCCACCCGGCUCCCGACGUCAUCCGCCCCGCGCCCGACGUCCCCCUCCGUUGA